GAUAAGAUUGCAAGAUUAGGACAUUAUAAAAGGGACUCCCGCCAAAACAUUUUGCAAUUCAUGUUUCAGAGUCAUUAAUUCUUUAAGGUUUCUUUUUCCUCUCUGUUUUCUGAAGUAUUCUAAUGGCUCCUCCUUCUGCAGCAAACGAUGGAACAACUUCAAAUUCAGGAAGAAGGAGAGAGAUUGAGAUCAAAGAAGUUGAACAGAGAAACAGAAGAUGCGUCACCUUUUCCAAACGCAAAUUAGGGCUUUUCAACAAACUCACUGAACUUUCUCUUCUAUGCAGAGUAGAAACUGCUUAUAUCAUCACCUCUCAAAACGGCAACGUCUAUUCCUGUGGCUACCCCACCACCGCCGCCGUCCUCCACCGCUACGUCACCGGAAGAGUGUACCAACAAUGCAGAGUUACAAGCGAGCACGAGCAUGAAGAGUUUCUUGAAAAGCAAAGGCUGGAAUAUGAGAAUGUGCAGAAUAAGUUGAAAGAAAAACAGAAGCAGUUGAAAGAAUUGAAGGAAGCACAAAACAUUAGUUCUUGUUUUGGUUGUAGGUGGAAUCUCUCACAUGAGAACAUGGGUUUGGAGGAUCUUGAAGAGUUCAAGUGCUCCUUGGAAAGUUUGAAGCUUAAUCUAAUCACAGUAUUGCAAGAGAAAGAAGCUUCAUUGAGAUCCGAUUCUUUGUAUAAAUUGUAGUGAUCAAGAUGUUUUUCAUCGAGUAUGGCAUAAAAAAACUCGUAAUGGCUCUUUGAGGAAUAGUGGAUUAUGUUUUUGACAUGCAUUUAUAUUUUUUCUCUUCUUCUGUUAUAGUUAGUUUAUGUUCUGAUGUAGGUUUAGUUUUUUUCUUUUUCCUUCACUGUUUUAUAAACUCCUCGUUUGGUAUUUUGUAAUGAUCUUCUUUCAUUCAAUAAACAUCUUCUGUUCUAUUCUCAUAUUCUUCUCUUUCUUGUUUGACAUCUUGUAAUAUGCUGUCAGAUCCAAGAUUUUUUUUUUUUUAACAUUAGAACAUAUCCAAGUGUGAAUGUUUGUUUUUCGUUAAUUACAUGAUAGUGAUAGUAUCAUGAUAUCACAAAUAAAUUAAGUGGAAAUAUUUUUGUGUCAUUAAUUAGAGGUGAUAAUAUAACACUCUCUCCAUUUAAAUACUAAACUAUUUGUUUAAUUUUCCUAUAUUUGACUUAAGGGACCAAUUUAUGACAUUGGAUAUGACAAUAGUAUGUUAUAUGUUUAUUAAUGGUCAGGGUUGGGCAUAAUUUAAUGAAAUGCACUGAAUUGUUAAAAAUUAAAGUGAAUUGAAAAUUAGUUUGCAUGAAGCAAAAGAUAGUUCAAAUAAACUGAACUAAACUAUUUUUUGUUCUAAAAAAUUGAAUUGAAUUAAACUGCACUAUAAUAUAAACUAAACUGCUAUGUAACAAAACUGUUUUUUCAAGCUGCACUAUUUUUGAACCGAACUACACUA